ACUCAAGAGCAGGCCCACAGAGAGAGCUGCAGCUUGUUUAGAGUCCAACCCGUAUAAACACGACGACUUAUUAAUUGACUAUUGAAAAUGUUUGUAUUUAUUUACCUAGCUAGCUAGAUGUUAACGUUAGCGUAUGCCAACGUCUUUUCAAAUGUACUAACGUUAGCUUAAAAGUUCCUCGUUCGCUAACUUUAACGUAAAGUCACGAGCUAGCUUUUGUAUUAAUUACCUACGGACCAUUUGACCACGACUGACAGCUUGGAGUUGUGAAUAAGUUGUUUAAUGUCAGUAUUUAGCUACCAUGUUAGUUUGUUUAGGCUAAUUACAAGUACAACACGUUAGUUCAUUUUAUUAACGUCAACGUUAAUAGUUUGGACAAGUCAGCUUCAAGGGCACACCACAGUUAGCUAGCUAGCUAGAAGUCGGUUAACGUAACGUUACUGUAGUUAGUUAGCUACGUUAGCUAUAACGUUAGUCUGUUCUGGUGUAAAUAUAAGACAAGUAAUAUUUUUCCUGAUCUCCAUCACAUCUCUAGAGUGGAGAAUGGCAUCAUUUUUAUCUUGUAAAACCCUUAUAUCACCUUCGUCCAAAGAACACUGUGAUCCAGUUGGGGUGAUUUUGAGCCAAGGUGGGUGUUUGACACAUGAUCAUGGACAGAUGUUGGUACCUGAGCUGGGUCUAAUGGAGAUGUCAGAGUUUGAAUAUACACACCUUCAGCACCUUAUCCAGGCACAUAUGGAGGCACACAUUGCCCCUCCAGAUCUACCAGAUGCCAGAUCUCACCCUGCUACAGUGAUGGUUAAAGACACCACUGGAUCCACAGUGGUUUCACCCAUCACAACCACUCAAGCUAUUGACCUAUCAACUUCAACUGAUGAUCACUGUCUGGUGAUGCCAGGAGAAAAGACUCCAGCUUCUUAUGGAGAGGUCCCGGGUUUUGUGCUAGCCAGAAUCAGAGGUGAAAACAGCCCAACUGAACCACACACCAACGGCAGCACAUCUUCACAGAAGCGAUCCGCUGCUAGAGUUUGCUUGGAGAAAAGGUUUAACUCCAUGUCUGCUGACACCCCAAGACAGCAAGAUAUUCAGUCUGCAGUUCUCAGCAAUUUUUUGACGAUACUUCAGCAGUCUGCAGAGUCUCAAGAGGCAGUUAUACACCCUCAGAUGCAUAAGUGGAUGAAAGCUGACAGAGCAAACUCUUUUGAGGUUCCCAGCCCGUUUGUAGGGGGUGUAUUUAACCCAGUCACCAACAUGUGUGAACAAGUGAUUGGCCACAUGGUUGAACCUAACAAGCACCAGGGAUUAAUCAUCCCCAAGAGUUUUUCAUUUAAUUUCCGCCCAGAGAGGGAUGUUAAAGCUCACUAUACAAGUGACAGCAACUCAACAGAGGAGCAGCAGUUGAUGAACAUAGAAAAUGAUGCAGUGACAGUUGCUGCCUUCAGAAAGCAUGGUAGCACCCACAGCUCUCAAUCCAUCAAGGCUGCUUUGGCUGCCCCAGACUCUGCUGGAGAAUCAGGGAGCAGCGCCAGGAAAAGAGUUCGAUCUCAUAUGUCACUUAUCCAGCGCAGGGAGAGACACAACUGUAAGGAGAGGGAACGCAGGAAGAGGAUUCGUUUGUACUGUGAUGAGCUGAACAUGCUAGUGCCAUUCUGUGAGUCGGAUACAGACAAAGUCACCACCCUGCAGUGGACCACUGCCUUCCUCAGAUACAUCAAUAAAACGUAUGGAGACACCUUCAGAGAGGAGUUUCAGAAGGCAUUCACUGAUGGGAAAGGACACUUUCUAAAAUCCAGCCCUUCUUCAUGCCAGGACCCAAUCCACCGGGAGAUGGACGAGACACUGAGCAUUCCUCUUGGGGUAGAGCAAUGACCCUCUUACUACUUCAUCCAAUACAUCAGCCAGAUAUUUAAGUACAUUUUAAUUUAAAAUUCAAGCUUGGGUUGUCCCCUGAGGUCUGGCUAUGGGUCAGGGCAAUUUGUUGUAACUUUUUAAAUGACAAAAAGUGCCCUUUCAAGAGGAACUCUGCUUCUGACUACAGAUUUAGAAAGUGGAAGGAUUCUAGUCACAGGCCAUGUGAUGCAAAAAAAUGAGCAGUUUUCUCCAGCUGCAUCUCAAAACAACACAGCAUCAGGCUAGUGUUGGAAGCGCCAUGCCAUUUAUUCUAACGCUGAUAUAUUAUUCCCCCCCCCCACCCCCCCGAGAGCUAACAUUUGUAAAAAUCGGUAAAAAAAUGUUAGUCAUACACAGAUGGCACUGUUUCCCUUUGAAAACAGCUGAGAUAGUGCCAUAAUGAUAAUAUUUAAACUAUUCAGCGAUCAUACAUUUAGCUAAUUUUAAUAUGUGCAGCUUUUAUAUGCUUAAUUCAAAUUUUGUUUAUUUUCACGUUUUUUUAACGGAAAAAAAUGUUCAUACAGUAUGUUCAGUUCAGUUUUCUUGUCCACAAACAUUUAUUCUUUAAUCAUAUCUGUAAGUGUAAAUGGACUUAAAUACUUGAAUUAUAUCAUAAAAAUAUGUCUUGCUACCUUGUAAAUUAAUGGGAUUACUUGACUUUCAUGGUGUCAAGCAUAUUACUCUGACAUACAGACUGUUCAUUUGAUGUGUUGAUAUGUAGAGAAGAGUAAUGUUUUACUGAAAAGUGGCUUUAUUUGUUCUUUCUUACAACAUGUCGCUGUAGCAUCUUACUGUACAUACAACAGUCACCCACAAAUAAUAAAUAGUAUUUAAGCACUGGUAGUACAUA